GAUUUUCCCAUCCAUUCCAAGGGUUUUUAGCCCCUCGCCCUGCCCCCUGCCGCGCCGCAGCAAUGGCCGCCGCCGCAGCCGCCGCCGCGAGAUCCUUCCUCCGAUCCGGAUCCGCCACCUCCUCCCUCCGCGGCGCGGCCGCCAGGGCCGCCUCCCGCUCCGGGCCGGCAGCCCCCUCGAGGCGACUCCUCUCCUCUCCUCCCCGCGCCCGCCUCGCCCUAAGGUCGCCGCUGGAGAUGAGCAGCGCCUGCUUGGAGUCGCUGAUGCCCAUGCACAGCGCCACGGCCUCGGCGCUCAUGACGUCGCUCCUCGCCGCCCCGGCUCGCGUCGGUUCCUGCUGGAUCUCCGAAGACUUAUGAUGGGUGAGGACGGAGGUCUGGGAUGAAGAGACGCCCUGUUUAUUUUCGCCAGUAACUUUUAUGAUGUGAGUUGAAGAGCUGGAGCUUAGAGUAUUCGUUUCUAUUUGUAGAUGAAUGAUCUCUUGUUGUGGGUGGGAGCCUGGUGUGACUGUUAUGGUAGCUGCUAAGGACCUCUCCCACUGAAUUUGAGCUACGUUUUUAAUCUGCCUUUCUUCCGGCUCUGUUCAGGGAUUUUGGUAUGUAUUAAGUGUCUGCAGGAUUAUAACAGAAUUUGGCUGCGUGCAGGAAAUAAUGUUGAGUUCAUUUC